AUGGCCGAAGUUGAACAGGCUAAUACACAGAGCGCUAUCUCGCCUCAAACCGCUCCCGGGAUAGAACCUUAUUGUAAUCCAGUAUCUCUGACAGACAAUUCAGCCCGUUUGAUUGACUAUCAAUCUAUUCUAGCUAGUGAUAUCACUCAGCAAGUGCCAGAGAGAGUUCUACCGGAGCAAUCAGUCCCAGCAUCUUCAGAUGAUGAAGUAGAGUUUGUGUUUUCAGUCCCUCGACGAAGGAAGAAAAGGCACAGAAGGCUUGAGCUUCCAUCACGACGCACAAAUACCAGCUCGGCUAGUCCCAUUUCGAGCGCCGGAGUUAUAGGUGCUCGAUCAUCACCAGAGAAGCUCGUGCCUGACAUGGCUCCUUCGCUUGAUCAUUGCACUGAGCCCGAUGAGAUGAACAGAGCUAGAUGCCAUUCUGCCAAGGAGAUAAAUAAAACCGCCACAUUCGAUACCUUUCUACAGCCAUUGAAUGUUCCACAGUCAGGGCUACCCGUAUUAUCUCCUUCGCAUAUUUCUCAAACUACACCGUUCAAAAUCUCACCACCUUGGUAUGCCAAAUCCAUACUUCCGCCACCUUCACCAACGUCACCGUAUUAUCAUGCAAAAUCCACGACCUUCACAACACCAGAGCAAGAUAAUGGGAAAAAAAGAAAGCAUAAAGAUUCAAGUGAAAAUUCAAAUCAUGUGUCUCCAUACAUGUCUUCAGCAUCUAUGUAUCUGCCAAGACCGAAGGGCUUACCGUCUAAUUCGAAUAAUAGCUCCCUUUAUGGACAUACGGGCUUCGUGGACUUUUUAGAGGAUCCGAAUGUGCCAACUACCUUGGGAGGAGUGCCUCUUCCUCUUCCGCCACAUCGGCCAGUUAUACCUGGUUGGCAGGACUUUACCUGGAAACCAUCAGAUUACUCACCCCCAAAGCGCGCAUCAUCUAUUGGUUCACGAGCAAGUAUGUUUUCCAACAUCAACAACGACCCAAAUUGGCACCGCAAAUAUUAUUUUGGUGCCGUUGACCCAAAUUGUGUCAACUCGCAACAAGUUCCCAUUGGAACCCCCCCCAGCGAGAGGUACGUGCAAGACAUGGUGUCACCCAAAACAAUACCUCUCACAACUCAAACCGCACCGGCGUCAUAUUCUUCAAUUCAAAGAAAGUUAGUUCCGGAAUUACGUCACAUGCCUACAAAGGUGUCUACAUCUUCCACGAAUAUUUGUCCUGUGCAACCUUCUUCGGUUAUUUCAUCAAAAUAUUCUCAACCAACACCUCCAAUUACACCGUUGAGACAUACUUGCCCUUCUCCAUUCCCUCGUCCCCAGGUGACUGCAGCAGAUAUACGACGCAAACCCUCUCUGUAUAGAAUACCUGCGUGGCCACAUUCGAUGGAUAACAACAAAGCUUCAUCUUAUACAGCUCUCUUCGAACGUCAAAAUCAGACUGGCGACACCGAAAACAACGAUAUAAUUUCUCCACAAAUCAAAACACCUCAACAAGCGAGACCUACUGCUUCCCAUACACAAGAUUCAGUCUCAUCUCCUACCCAAAUUCAGGCCCCACAUUCUUCAAGACCACAAGCAUCUACAUCCGUGUCCGCAUCUUCAUCCAAACACUCCCCAAAUUUAAUCAUAGACAUAGCCCAAACGAGUCAGGAUACAUUUCCAUUUGCAGCAGUAGCGGCUAGACAUAAUAAACCCAUCCAAAAAGUCUUUGAUACUUUUUCGGCCAUAAUACAGUUACCGCUACUAAAACAGGCAGCGGAUGGGAGGAGACAUGGGCCAUUAGGGAGUGAGAGGAUGAGGAUGUAUAGGGAGGCUAAAAGGGCCAUGGAGAGGGCGAAUGGAGAGAAUGAAAAAGAAGAAAAUGAAAGGAAGCAGGGGCAAUAA